GACCGGAAGCUCUUCGUCGUCGUCGGUAGAAUGGUCGGUCGGUUCUUUCCGUGUUUAGUCCGUCUCUACCCGGGUUGAACCUCAGCUCCAGGCCUGCAGCCGAUCAGAGCCGAACCGGGUUAACCCGUUCCGAGAGCAGCAUGAACGAGACCGAGGGGCUCCGGUUCCGAAGGGUGCACCGGCCGCAGGUCAUCACCGACGAGCUGCCGGAGCACCGGAACAAGGGCACCGGCAGCACCUACAGUGGGAAGGUGUUCCAGGUGACUCUGCUCUCUCUGGGCGGCUUCCUGCUGCUUCCUCUCCUGGUCAUCGUCCUCAUCCUCGAGUCCCCCAUCCACCCCGAAGUCUUCAGUCUGAAGGAGCCUCCCCUGAUGAAGGGCUGCUGGGAGCCAAACCUGAAGCUCCGAGAGGCUCAGAGACUGUUUGAGGACCAGAUCACCGGACCAGAGUCCAUCGCCAACAUCGGAGAUGUGUUGUACUCUGGAACAGCUGACGGCAAGAUCGUGAAGCUGAUUGGUCGACGGGUUCACACGGUGACGAGACUCGGGAAACUGCCGUGUGGCUCCAGGGAGGAGGAGUCCAGCUGUGGGAGGCCGCUGGGGAUCCGGGUCGGACCCAACGGGACCCUCUUUGUGGCCGACGCCUACCUGGGUCUGUUCCAGGUGAACCCCACCACAGGUGAGGCGACCCGGUUGGUGUCGGGGGGUCAGGUGGUCGCCGGCAGGAAGCUGUCGUUCAUCAACGACGUGGCGGUGACUCAGGACGGGAAGAAGGUCUACUUCACCGACUCCAGCAGCAGGUGGCAGCGCAGAGACUACCUGCACCUCAUCAUGGAGGCCACGGCCGAUGGGAGAGUGCUGGAGUACGACACCGACAGCAGAGAGCUGACGGUGGUGAUGGAGAACCUCCGCUUCCCAAACGGCAUCCAGCUGCUCCCCGACGAGGAGUCGGUGCUGGUGGCGGAGACCACCAUGGCCCGGAUCCGCAGAGUCCAUGUUGCUGGUCUCAACAAAGGAGGGAUGGACACCUUCAUCGACAACCUGCCCGGCUUUCCCGACAACAUUCGUCCGAGCUCGACCGGCGGCUACUGGGUUGCCAUGUCAACGGUGCGACCGAACCCCGGCUUCUCCAUGCUGGACUUCCUGUCCCAGAGACCCUGGAUCAAGAAAUUCAUCUUCAAGCUCUUCAGUCAGGAGGUGCUGAUGAAGUUCGUCCCUCGGUACAGCCUGGUGGCGGAGCUCCACGACGGCGGCGUCUGCACUCGGAGCUUCCACGACCCCAACGGCCUGGUGGCGGCUCACGUCAGCGAAGUCCACGAGCAUGAUGGGAGUCUGUACCUGGGCUCCUACCACUCGCCCUACAUCGCCAAACUCGACCUGAGCAAGGUCUAAAAAUAAAGAAAUAAUUAAAAUAAAAGACCGACUUUGUGACUCAGCAGGAAGUCAGAAAGCACAAGGCGGCGUUCGUCUUUAACAGCGAUGUCAUGAAGCUCCGGGAGGGGACAUGCGGCCAGGACGGCGGUCUGGCAGCUGUCUCGUUCCAGAGUGAACAUCAACAUAUUUUGAGGGAUUAACGCAUAAUUAAUUUAGUCUCCAGAGGGUGAGCAACGACCAACAGCAGAACCUGGUUGUUGAUCAAUUAUCGGCCUUUGUGUUCAUGUCCGCCGUUUUGUUUUGGGGAACGUCAUGAAUCAAACUUUUAAACCUUUUUAGGUUUAGCUGGUUUUAAAUCAGGUCCUGUCUGCUCAAAUUCUGGAUUUAAAUUCUAAUUUCCAGUUUUUGUCUUUUAUUUGCUCAAAGUGUUUGUGUUCUAUUAAAGAGUUGUUUUGA